AUGGCACUUUCUGCUACUACUUACCCUGUUACCGAACAGUAUCGUGCCAGCUUCGUGGAGGACUGGAUGGGAUUGUAUUACUUCAAGAUGUCUAACGGCAUGGAGUACAACUGUGCAUUCGAUCCCGAUUGCACGGCUCAGGAUGAGUUCAAGGCAAAUGGUACAUGCACUCCUGAUGAUAAGUGUCAUCCCAACUAUGCAGCUGGUUUCGAUGUGAAAUACGUGCCGGGUACUCUGAAUGGUCACGGUACAAACGACUACCAUAAGGUUGGUGCUAUCGACAAGAUGUUUGUCAGUCCUGUGUUCUCAACGGCUGAGAUGAAGCUCACUAAGAAAGACCAAGAUUAUAAUGGGGCUACUAUUGAUGUGUGGGAUCUCGCGGACCUGGCUUUCAGAAAUGAGAACUGUGAUGGUUCAGAGGAUGAUAGUCGAGGAAUCGAUUGCGACUCGCCUUAUUUGACUCUGAAUUUGGGCACGUUCAGUUCUCCGAAACCGAAUCUAGUGAGGACUCCUAUCUUUGCCUCACUACCUCAUUUCUACCAAGUGGAGGGUUCCUCCUCGAUCAAGAACUGGUAUCCCGGUGAUCGCGUUGAGAUCAAGAGCUGUUCGGGUUCUGAGGAAUGCGAUGAUGCUGACAGAGACUUCAACUGCGAGAUGUGGACUGAGCCUAUCACUGGUGCUCUCUUGAAAGGUGCAUUGAAGCUGCAAAUGAAUGUUAUGAUGCCCUCUGUCGCUGAUACCCAGUCUGGGAAGUUGUCAGAUGAAGUUUUGAUCCCGGCAGUGUGGGUUGAUGAGCAUCAGCUGGCCUAUCCAUACCAGAUUGACUCUAUCAAGCAGCUCCAGGGUGCUCCCGGUCUAUUCGAGUUGGUUAUGUGGUUGGGUAUCGGCUUCGGUAUUGUCUUCCUAUUGUGUGCUGGUGCACUUUUCUACUUCGGCUGGAGACGUCGUCGUGCACUCAGAGAUCUUAUGUUGCAAAAGAAGCCAUCUGGAGCUACAGAGUUGCUUUAA